UCAGUUAGAAUUUGAGCAACCUAAAGAAAUUUCGGAUUCUUUUGAACCAAUUUCUGGUUCUUGCAAUAUUGAUAUGCAAUCGGGUGACAUGGAUUGUGCUAAUUUGUUGAUCGAAGAAAUAAUUGAUCUUUCAAACCCAGCCUUUGUUGGAAAUAAUAAUUUAUUUAUUGAUAAUCAACAUACGGUAUUAACCCGUAAUACUCGACAAGAAG